GUCCGCUCUCCACUCACACAAUUAACACUGAUAAGAAGAUAACGCGCUAUCUCUGCUCAUCGCGAUAACAGAGCGACGGAGAAAAUUGCUGAAAAUCAUUAGACGCUGAAAAUUGCAGUUUAUGGUGUCCAGCAAAGUAUCAAAAAUAAUAUCACAGAAAACUUUCAAACAAUUUUCGCGGCGGAAAUGUUAGAAUCGUAUUGUGCUUAGUGUUUUUUUUAGAAACGGUAUCUGAAGUGACCGCAAAUCAUGUAUCUUAAUCAUUGGUGCUUAUAAAAGUGACGUUAUAGAGCAACCAUAAUCAUGGAGGACCAUAAGAUCAUACGACAAGACAAGGAGUAUGAACAAAUCGAUUUGUUGUACGACGAAUGUCUUAGCUACUUGAAACGGUACAGUGAAAAUGAAUUGAUUUUCGAUGAGAAAGCUCUGCUAACUAAUAACAACGGUAAUGAAACGGAAACAGAUGAUCCUGGUUACGAAACUAUAAAAGAUGUUAAAAUAGAGAGUCAAAUUAAAAAUAACAUUAAUUCAGAGAAAUGUGAACAAAACAAUAUUAAAUAUAAAUCGUGCGGUGAACUAAAUGGUUUGAAAUUAACAGAAGCGAAAACAGAACACUAUGUUAACCAAAUAGAUUUCAAAGUUGAAAACGAGGUGGUAUCUGAAAGUGCUACAUCUCUGGAAAUGUUGUCACCUCGUUUAAGAAAACUGUCGGCUCAGCUUCCGAGGAUAAUUAUAACGCAGAGCAAUACCAGUUUGGCGAUAAAACAAGGGAACUUGAAGCUAGAGGAUGUUUUGAUGAGGCAAAACAAAGUCAAAAAGAUACCGGUUACUAAUAAUAGACACAACAUCAGAAGACCUCCUCAGCUACGCCGAGGUGGUUACGGAGAGUUUCCCAAGAGGCUGGUCUCCAAGAACGGCCUGGAGAACAUAGCUGUCAUCUCCAACGUGCCGUUCAGGAAGAUCCGUCUGCUCAACGAUACCUUUCACACUUUGAUCAACCUGCGCUGGCGUUGGAUCGUCCUUGGCACGGUCGUCGUGCACUUCACAAUUUGGCUGGUAUUCGCCGUGUUCUGGUACAUGACAGCGCUGGCACACUACGACCUGGAUCCCAACCCACCGAAUAAGACCUGCGUCACGGGCGGCAAGGAUUUCGUCACCAUAUUCCUGGCGUCGGUGGAAGCUCAGACGACAAUCGGUUUUGGCGAUCGGGCCAUAGACGAAGAAUGCCCCGAGUCGAUCUUCCUUUUCAUAACGCAACUAAUAUUAGGGACUGGUUUGUCUGGAGUGCUGACAUGCGUGGUGUACGCCAAGUUGACGAGGCCGGAGAAGCUGUCGAGAGACGGAGUCGGGUUCAGUAAGAAAGCUGUGAUCAGCAUACGCGACGGACGGCUCUGCCUGAUGAUACGCGCGUGGGACCUCAACUACGACCACAUCAUCAGCUCGGAGUUUAACGCACACUUCGUCCACAUGCAUCGAACCAAGGAAGGCGAGAUGAUCAGAUACUACGCCCGCAGUAUCGCGCUGCAACAGCAGCAGUUCCUCCUAUGGCCAGUGACCCUGGUACACAUCAUAGAUGAGAAUAGCCCAUUCUACACCUUCACACCAGAACACAUCUCCAGUCAGAGUUACGAGAUAACCUUGACCCUGAAAGGAGCUUCUGCAUCCAUGGGCACCUUCACACAGAGCCAAACUUCGUACCUCCCCAAGGAGGUGAUAUGGGGCCAUCGGUUCCCACCAGUAGUUAAAUACGACCAGCGAAAGCAGAAGUAUGUUAUAGAUCACAAGAAACUAGAUGCAACUGAGCCCGUGGAGACGCCAUGCUACAGCGCCUGUCAAUUGUACAGUGAGCUGGAAGAUAACAUAGACACCCAAUCCGGGAAAUCCCCUGGAACUCCGAGCAGCUUCAGCGACAAGAUAUCCGCGUUCCAACUCGAGAGGAGUACUUCCUUCAAGAGGAAAAUUUUAAAAUGAAUUAUUCUUGAUUGUAAUAAGCAAGUUCUAAGAUUUAAUAAAUGAUGACCUAAGGUGGGCUUUUGUAGCGAGCGUCAGCGACGCCGCGACAGAGCGUCCGAUAAAAUUCAAUUCAAAAUUCAAUAUCGUUUAUUCAGUCUAGGCUGUUACAAGCACUU